AUGUUGCUUCUGAGCAUUCCAUCGUAUCAAGUCCGAAACGAUUAUGUCGUGUACAACAUCAAUGUGACUGUCAGUUCAACUGAAGUCUAUACAUCAAAAAAGAGAUAUUCCAAUUUACGAGAGUUUCACACAAGUGUCGUUUGCACAAUUCUAAGUAAAGACAAACAAUCGUUGCUGAAAUUUCCUUCAAAAAUUGUGUUCGGAAACAUGAAGAAGGAUGUGAUUGAAAAGAGACUUGUCCAAUUGGAGAAAUAUUUACAGACUUUGGUAUCCAUCAUUGAUCAAGAAAAUUUGAAUGACCUGCGUGAUGAAAUUCUCAAGUUCUUUCAUUCGGACGCUAUUGAGAACUCACCCAAAAAGACAUUUAGCAUCGUUGAAAAUUCACAAGAAGAAAAGUGUUAUAAGGAAAUGACACACUUGCAACUCUUGUUGAAUGAUUCGGAAUGUUAUUGGCUUCCAUUUUGUGCACUUUUUCGACAUGGAAGGCUAACAAUUUCCAGUGUCACUGGUGGUAAUUGCAAAUUAGAUCAAGAUGCAGAGUCUGUGGUUCUUCAAUCCAUCUCUGAAUUGAAUGAUUCACUUGGUCAGAACUCGUUUUAUUCCAGAUCACAAACCUUUGUUAAUGGAUUUGUAUUGAAAAUGCAUAAUAUGGCUCUCAGUGUUGGUACAUUGAUCAAACUCUUACUGAAUAUGGAAGAAGAAGAAGAACAAUCACAGUGCAUUAACGAUAUCAUUCAUCAAUGUACAGCAUCUUUGGAUGAAGCCACAGAGCUGAAAAAUACUCUCACCAAAGACUUCUUUGAGCCAAUGUGGAAAAUAAUUUCUAAAAGAAGUUUGGAUGAAAAAACCUAUAACGAUAUUUACCUUUCUCUUGUGCUUUUGGGAGUGAAUGUAAAAUUUAGAUCUAAUGAUAUUUUAUUGACAGCGAUCGAUUUAAAUAGUGAUUUUUUCUCAAAAGCCAUGGAGUACAAUUCUGCAUUUGUUAACAGAGCCACUGGUUAUGAAGAUGAAUUUUCGUACAUUAGUUUCGCACUGAAUGACUCUAUAGAUCCUCAAUCGAACGAUGAACCUCAAAGUAAAUAUCAACAUGUUGUGACCAAUAUAUGGAACCAACUAGAAACAAGAAAAGAACGAGACAAGCAAGAAAAGCUUAAAGAACGAUUCGAGAUUGCAACGGAGGAGUGUGAAAAAAAGACAAGCUUUUUCAUUUCUCUUUCUCAAUUACUCAUCAAAGUUGCAAAAAGUAUGCUGUCACUCCAAAACAGAAUUGACGAUGAAUCUCUCAUCCUCAAUGUUGUUCCUGAAAUUAAGGAAAAUUUGGAGGAACUUCAAGAAUCUCUUCUACGGAUACAGAAACGUUGUGAUUCAUUUAUUGAACAACAAGAGUUGAAAGCAAAACAACAUUAA